AUUUAAAGCGAGCGUGUAUGAAAUCAACUGUGGUGCCCAAAUGCGUGGGAAACACUGCUGCCCCGCAGUGUUGUCGCAAAAUAUUGACAGCGUGACAGUCGUGGAAAAAUUAUGCAAAACUCAUUUACGUUACUCGUCGUUUAUCUAUCUGCAAUGAAGAAUCACGACCAUUGCAGUGACUUAUAUGAUUGAAUGUGUUUUAUGCAAGGUUUGGACAAGAGGGCACAGGGGCUGAGUCCAUCCUCUCCAAAUAACAGGCACAUUCGAUCAGGAAACUAACUGUUAUCCUUCAGCCGGUAGACGCUUCUCUGUCUUUGAAGAUGGAUCCAGUGGUGCUGAGUUACCAAGAUAGCCUCCUCAGAUGUUCAGACCUGGCUCUGUUGGAGGGCCCCCAUUGGCUGAACGACCAGGUCAUUGGAUUCGCCUUUGAGUACUUUGCCACGGAGCGCUUCAAGAGCCUGGGCGAGGUGGCCUGCUUCAUCAGCCCGGAGGUGACGCAGUUCAUCAAGUGCGCCUCCAGCCAGGAGGAGCUGGCCCUGUUCCUGGAGCCUCUGGGGCUCGCGGCUCGCCGCUGGGUCUUCCUGGCCGUCAACGACAACUCCCACCAGACGGCCGGCGGCUCCCACUGGAGCCUGCUGCUGUACCGGCGGGACGAGAACCGCUUCAGCCACUACGACUCGCAGAGCGGCAGCAACUCCCUGCACGCCCGCCGCAUCGCUACUAAGCUGGAGGCCUUCCUGGGGGCCGGGGGCAGCGUGCACUUCAGCGAGGAGCCGGCGCCCGCCCAGCAGAACAGCUACGACUGCGGCAUGUACGUCAUCUGCAACGCGGAGGCCCUGUGCCAGCUGGCCAAACAGGAGGGCACGCCACACCCCCUCACCCAGAUCAUCACCCCCACCUACAUCACGCAAAAGCGGGCAGAGUGGUGUCGGCUCAUCCAGAGACUGGCCAAGCAGUGACCCCUUGGGAUCCCCCCCCCCCCCCCCCCAAGAGAUCCAGCUCCUGACCUCUGACCCCCAAACCUCCCCUUCUCGGUGCAGUCAGCAUGAGCCCUGAGAGACAAGAGACGCCUUAACACAUUCAUUAACUUAAAUUUCCUACCCACAAUAUUUAUUUAUCAAGUUUAAAAGAAUCAACUAUAUGCCUCAUACUUGAGUAUUAAUUUGGUAUCCAUAAUACAUAGAAGACGCACAUAGAUAACAUAUAUAUCAAAUAUAUAAAUCACAAAAUUGUAAAUGGCUUUUGAUUCUGGUUAACACUGAUGAAUGAAAACUGGUUUCUAAAAGCUAUAUUCUGUGCCAAAGCAGAGAGUACGAAAAAGUACAGGUGCCUCAUUUACUUGUAUACAGCAGUCUUCAUUCAUGCACUGCACAUGUACUUAGAGUGAAAUGUUAUGACUGUUGUAAAUUGAGUGUAUUUUCUAGAUUCAGAGAUGCAGUAACAACUGAAAAUGGCUACCUUGUGUAAAAUCUGUAAAAUAUAGACAGUAUUUACAUUGUGUAAAUGUGCCUGCAUAUCUAAGGCAAUUCACCUGCAGUAUUUUAACUAACUUGAUGUACAUUUGAAAGUAAAAGCAAUGGAAAAACAGCAGAAUUAACACUGCAGAAUUGGACGGAUGGUCAUUUGGAAUGGACAUUGAUGGACAUUUUGUUGCAGCAGGCAAAAACUCAAGGCGCACAUGGAACAAAUUAACUUUUUUUUUAAAUGGUCAAAAAAUUGCAGCUUGGAACAGAAUAAAUUGGUUGGUAUUUUUACCCACUUUAGACUGGGAAUUUCACAUGGCAUUGGAGACUGCAAUGUAACCGAAGACUGAAUAGCAUCAUAAGUAAACUUGAAUUUCGGUCAAUGGGGACUGAAGGCUGGCAGUUUCUGUUUUCUGUGUGACUAAAAAAAAUGGGCAUCAGCGAUGGGGGAUUUUGAAAAAUGUCACCCAUGAGCUGCAAAAUAACAGUAAGCCAUGAAGGCGAAAAGCUUACUUUGCUGCAGUCAUUGGGAAGCCAUUGGUAUUCUUUGUUGGCUGCGUCACUGUUGCUUUAAGAUAACACUUGUUAGACGUUUACAAAGAUUUUUGCUCAGGGUUGCUUCUGAAGAAUUACAAUGUAUACAAAAAGAAUGUCUUUUUAUGUUGGAAAAAAAUGGAUGAUCCUCUUAAUAUAGUAAUAAUGUGGCAGUGUACAUUCUGAACAUGUUCAUAUAAACAGUGAGUGAGUGGUAGAUUGUCCAGCUCUGUGAAACUUGCCUGAACAACAUGUUUUUGAAAGAGUAAUCAUGUCUGCAGCCAGGCGUAUCUGCCCACUGAGAAACAAGACUGAAAACACGUCUUGAGAAAUGAGCUUGGGGCAGGGGGGGACAUUGUUACAAAAAACAAUGAACGGCAGGUUUCAUUACAUAAUAGCCACAGGGAGAAGGGGCCAAGACUAGGGGGAAAAAACGCACUUGUCCUGUGUCAGAGAGUGAGAGGGAGAGAGAGAGGGAGGGAGGGGAUCACUGUCAAGGGACAGCCAUUGUGAGGGACAGACAAAACUGUGUAAGCCAAAGCCUAUGGUUAUACUGGUUCCCUUAGGCCCUUUGGGGCCCCUGUCUGCAUUGAAGAGUGAAAUGUCAGCAGCUAUGGGUUUUAUGAGUCUGGGAGAGAGAAAUGUCUGUCUGCAGGAAAACGUCUCAAAAGACUUCAAAAAGCUUUGGACAGAGCAGCGUGGAUUGUUUCAUCCCCGGUCAGUACCUUUUGAAGUCCUUGUUUUUAUCCUCGUAGGGCCAGGGCCACAGAAGUUCUGCGCAUGCUCACGCUCAUUUAAGCUGCUGGUUAUGUAUGUUCCCUUUCAAAGAGCAGGGGGGUCCAGCGUCAUUAUGCACAUCACAGGUCUGUUUAAUCUGAAGAUUCUGUAAGGCAGUCCAAUUGUGUGUCCACAUUGGGGUGUUGAAGGGGUAAGGUUAAAUCGUUAAAUAGUUAAAUACAGGUCAUGAAUUCAUUUUGGGGUAAAGGAAGGUGUGAAAUCAUAUCAAUAUGUUUAUAUUAUACUAGGCAUAAAUGCCCAGUUCCUCUGACAUAUCGGGGCAAUCUGCUUGCUUUCUUCCUGACAGCCUAGCAUUUGUUAGCAAUCUUCUCACAUUAAAUCUAAUUAAACCAAUGAA